CAAUCCUGUUCAAAUAAUUAAUUGUUUUUUGUUCAGAAAAAACAUGUAAGGAAAUUAGCAUCUGUUUCUGAAAUUUAGUAAUUUUCAACUAAUUUCAUAAAUUAACACUGUUCGAUGGCAACUAGCGAUAAAGAAACUCUAAAACCAGAAGAUGAUGCCUCAACACAAAUGGAUCGUUGUUACGAAAAUUAUGUAGUUGUUGAUAUUGGCGCUAACCUAACAAAUAAGAAGUUCGGAAGGGACUUGGAUUCCGUUGUACAGCGAGCCAAAGAUGCAGGUGUUCAGAAGAUUAUGGUGACUGGCACUUCAUUACGAGCAAGCAAAGAAGCAUUACGUCUGACUCGAAUCUAUCCUGGCACGUUGUAUUCCACAGCAGGAGUCCACCCGCAUGAUGCGAAGUCGUGGACGGACAGCUACCUGGAAGAGUUGCGGACGGUGGCGGCGAGCGCAGAGUGCGUGGCGAUUGGCGAGUGCGGGCUCGACUACAACAGGGACUUCUCCCCGCCGGAAGUGCAGCGGGAAGUUUUCGAGAUGCAGAUCCGCCUGGCCUGCGAGCUGCGGAAGCCCUUGUUCGUGCACGAGCGGGACGCCCACGAGGACGUGCUGGGGAUGCUGGGGAGGCACGGGGCCGCCUUGCCCGCGGUGGUGGUCCACUGCUUCACUGGCACCGCGGAGCAGGCCAGGCGGUACCUGGACGCCGGCGCCUACAUUGGCCUCACAGGCUACCUGUGCAAGGACAAGUCGGACACGGGAGUGCGCAAGAUCCUGGAGGACGGAGUGAUCCCUCUGGAGAAGCUGCUGGUGGAGACUGACUCCCCGUUCAUGUUCCCCAACACGAGGGCGUCCAAGCUGCCCGUCCACGUGAAAGAGGCACUCACCGAGAGAUCGCUGACUUUCCUCCAUCGCUACUGUACGUUCCAACGGAACGAGCCUUGUUCGCUACCAGCUAUAGUUGAGAUGAUCGCAGCUUUCAUGAAGAAACCGCCCGAGGAGGUGGCGUUAGCUACGGCAUUCAAUGCUUUGAAGGUGUUUGGUCUCUCAUGAUAGAGGCUUUAGUUUUGGGAACAGUGUGUGCCAAAGUUAAUGCAUACUUUCCAUAAAUAUAUUCACAAAACACAUAAGCCAGAGUUUCAUGAUCAAAAUCAUGUUUUUUUAAACAUAUUGUUUUUAAAAAAAUUUCUCAAUGUUUCAAUAUUAAUGACAGCAAGAGCUGCUAAACAAGAAAACUAAAAAUGGUUAUUGAAAAUUAUGACGGUGAUGUAUUACAAUGACUAAAGGGUUUUAUAAAUGCAGCACCUUUGUAAUAUCUUCCUUAGUAAAGAUUGCAGGCUUUCGCGGCCAUUGUCCGGAGUUUCUUGGCUUCUGGGUUGUAGCCGCGUCAAAGGCGAAGAUAUCGGUUGACGUUGCAGUUGCCAUCAUCAGGGAGCAGUUACCAAGGAAGGCUCUGAUUGGCCCACAGCUGCAGCCAGUCGGGAAACACUCCCGUCUCAGAUGAGAGUAUUAAAAGGCUCAGUAGGUUACUGCUCCCUGAUGAUGGCGGUUGCAACGUCAACUAAAACGUUAGUGAUGUCUUCGCCUUUGAUGCGGCUAGAACCGAGAACUUAAUCAGACAAAAACAGUUAUUUUGCAUACACUAUUUUUCCCCUACACUUUUAUUUUCUUGGCGAAUCGUUGGAAAAUACAUACUUAAGGACCUUAAGGGUAGUGUACAACACAGUAAUGUCUGUACAUACAUAAAAACCACAAGUGUUAUUUUUUUUUUCCCCUUCAGUUGCUUGAAUCUAACACAUCUGUUUACAGCUCAUGUUUGUGAUGUAAGUUGGAGACAGGCAAGUUUUCAUGAAGGAAGGAUGGUACAGUGCAAAUUUUUUUAAGACAUGUUUAGAGGGACCAAACAAUUUUGCUUAUUAACCACGGACACUUUUUGGAAAAGUAAAAUUGUGUGUUUACAUUUAUAGACUAAAUGGAGAAUUUUUGAAACACAUGCAUAUUACGGAAGACACCUUAAAUGAUAACUUCCAGGAGGGAUUUUACUAUGUGCUCAUUUAUACAACCUUUGGGUUUGUACGUCAAAGAAUAAUUUUUAUCUUAACAUUCAAUAGUGACAUUUCAUACAAGAUUAAAGGAAAUCUUUUAUUUCCUGAAUAUUUUUACUACUUCAAACUCAGUGUCUUAUUUACAAAUACCUGUUACGUACUAGUUUCUUAUAAGGAUUUGUGAAUGUUUAAUAUUUUGUAUAGCGGUUUAAAGUUUUUGAAAAUACUGUGUUAAAAUAAUUGUGUGAGCAUACAGAAUUGUUUUAUUGUGAAGUACGUGGCCUGAUUGUUACUAGUUUUAUGGCUGCUUUAUAGAUACUGUGUAACAUUUUCAUAAAAAAAUAUUUAUACGAGUGGAUGAAUUUUAAAAAUAUCAAGCCUUUUUGUUUUACUGCAAGUAAAGUUUUUUUAAUGUGUAGUGUACAUUCUUAUUUUCAAAAAAACAGUUUAGAUAUGUAAUAUAUGUAUUGACCAUAAACUCGUGUAAACAUAUUUGCUUUAAGUGUCUUUCAUUGUUGAUGAAAGAUGAUGUCUUCUGACUGAGCCUUCUUUUUCAGAAAAAUUACGACUAUACGUCACUGACUGUGAUACCAGGUUUUGCACGGGUGGAUAAAUAUUUUUAACUGAAUUAUAUUUUAAGAAUCACUGUUAAAAACUUUAUGUAAAUUAAUGCCAAGUAUCUGACCCAUGGAUACACCAUUAGAUGGCUCGAAAAUUCUAACAUAGCCUUUGUCCGUUUGGAAUAUUGUCUCUUUUUAACAGUGAAAUAUUUUUUUCUUUGGUCAGUAGUUUUCAUGUUUACUUCUUACAAACUAAACAAAUUCACACAUUUUCCUUACACAUGAUAUUCGUAUAUGUGAAAAUGCAUUUCAAAGUUUGAAUGUUGAAUUAGGAAUCAUUGAGAAGCUGUGCACCUCUUUUGAGUUAUAAUGCUGUAUCACUGACAAAGUAUGAAAUCAUUCACUAUUCUGUUUUAUGCUUAAGCAGGUAGUAAAACUAUUAACAUCUGAAAAAAGUGAACAGCUUGGAAAUAUUUCAUGUGGUAUGUUGGGAAUCAAUGAAUUGCCGAACAUUUUUUUUGAAAUCAGUUUAUUAUUUUGUUAUGAAGUAGUUCUAGCUAUCUUUUACUUUUCUAAUAUUAAGGGUCACAUUCUAUGGCUAAAGGCAAUAGAACCUAGCUUUUAACACUUCCUUCGUGGACUGGAGAACACUUAUUGAUUUGCGUUUUAAUAUGAAGUGUGAAUAUUUUUAACCUGAAAAACAUCUAUGCACAUAAUUUGUAUUUUUGUCCAUCACCUCUGCAAAUUGUGUUACAAAGUGUAAACAUUCCAUAGUAUAUGUAUUUGAAAAAAAGUCUAGAAGCAUAUCAGAUAUGCUUGUAUAAGUCCUGCGUAGAAGACAUUCUACAGACCGCUUAAGAAUAUUUCAUACUUUGGCUGUGAAUUAUUUCUGGUGCUGGAUGUGAAAUAUGUAUGUAGGUUGCAUUUAAUUGAUAUACAACUCUGAAUGGCAGUUGUUUCAUUCUUUAUUUAUAGUUUUGUAGUUCAUAUUGGCUUACUGUUAACAUACCAAGUCAUUUUGUAUAAUAUUUUAUUGUCAAAUGUUGCAUGUUAACUUCAUUUUAUAUGUAUUCUAGAAAGUUGAUGAAAAUGUCUACCACUGAAAAAAAUUAAGGUAGUCUUCCUUUAAUCUGAAUUGGAUUAUAUUAAAGAAAAUUCAAUGGAAAAUUGAAUAAAUGUUGAGUAUUUAUAUAGUUUUGCUUUAAUUUAUUUGGUGUACUGUCAAGUACUUCAAUACAAUGUUUUGUGACAGUAAAAUACAUUUUGGCAGCAUUGUUCCAGAAAAGCAACAUGCCCUUUUUCAUUUUAGUUUACCACAAGAGAUUUUCGUUAAUGCAAUUUAAAAAAAAAUAAUAGCUGUGAUUAUUUUGUUUAUUUUUUAAAGACUUAAAAAUUAAAUAUUUUAUAUGUCUCUUUAAAGGUGAAAAGUUUGCAUUUUUAUUUUGAUACUGUUGAACUGUAAAAAUGUUUUUAUUAUUUGGUAAUAAUAGCCGAUUUGUUCAAUUAUAUCCUGAUUGCAUGCAAGUACCAUAGUUUCUUAAAAAAAUUAGUGUGAUUUAUUCAAAACUGAUUGUGUGUUGUAGAUUGUUAUUUUUCAUGUUAAAAAUUUUCUAAAACUUCACUUACUAUAUCUGAAAAAAAGUACUGUAUGUUAAGAGUAAAGUUAUGACUACUUGUAAUUUUUAUCAGAAUAAUUGAAGCUUAGUGUUUUGAAAAUUUCAGUUUGUUUUAUUGUUUUCCGUAUGUUGGUUUUAGUUUUAUUUUAAGGGCAACUGUAUUUGUUACUUUGUUUUAGGAAACUUUGCAUUUUUUUAUUGUUUUACAAAAUUAUUUAUUGUUUUUAUUGAUGCUGUAAUUAUUGUGUGUAAAAUAAUAUUCAUCUUAGUUUUAUCUGGUAGUAGAAGUUGUGAGACCACAAUAUGUUUUUGAAAAUGUAUAGGAAAUGUUAGUUAUUUUACAUUCAAGUAUAAUUUAUAGAUACAUAAUAUAUUUAAAUUUGUAUCCAUGUAGAUAGUUAUUAUUUAAAUAUAAUUAUAUUUAUUGUUUUAUUUUUUAUAUAAUACUUGUUACUCUGUUGUUCAUACGAAUAGGCUAUUAUAAGAUUUUUCACAUUGAUUCGUAUACUUUCAUGGACUCUCAAAUUUUGUGUUAGGAUAUUCUUUGUUGUUAAGCAAAAUCAGAAAAUUUUUUGGUAUAUUUUUCGUCAUUAUCUCAUUUCUUAGAUAGGGAAUGUUCGUCACUAUUGCGCUUACGAACUCGCCAGUUAAACAGGUUGCCUCAGACUGGCUCAUUAGCUUGCUGCCAAAUAUAUUUUCACACUUAAAAGCUGAAAAAUCACCCUUCCGUUUGGCAUUGGUGAAGGGGAGGGAACUUUUUUUUUUUAGUUUUUUUAGCUGUGUGUUUGUUAAAGUAUUUUUUUUUAUCAUAUUUUGUGUUCCUUUUUCAAUUUUUUUAAAUAUUAUUCUGUUUUUACUUUUCUUGCUGUAUAAUUUAACAAUCAAAUGAAUCUUACAACAAUUGCUAACUACCAAUUGCUAACUUCAUUCUUGGACAUCUAAAUUGUUGGUUUUAUGCUAAUAAACUUGUGCUUAAUACAUCUAAAACCAAAACUGUAUACAAUUCAGAAAGAUUUGUAAUACAUUUAGGCUUGUGCGAAUAUUUAAAUUUUCGAAUAUCAAAACGAAAAGUUUAUUAUUUGUAUUCAAUUCGAUUUUGAAUACUAACACUUAAAAAAAAAAAAUUAUAUAUAUAUGUGUGAGUGUGUGAAUGUGUGUGUGUGAAUGUGUGUGUGUGAGUGUGUGUGUGAAUGUGUGUGUGUGUGUGUGUUUUUUUUUUUUUCGAAUACAGCUGAGCGGGAUCUCAAAAGUCAGGAAACAUUUCAAGAUCACAUAAGAUUUUCUAGUUGGGUGAGGACAAAAUUUUCACAGGAUGUUUUAAGGUUUUUUAUGUGGAGUUUUUUUUAUACAUUUGGCCACGUAAAUUUUCAGAAGACUAUAGUAAAGCUAGAUUUAACACAGUAAUUCAAAACCAUUACUAGCACCCAUGAUAUUUUAUACAGAAGAGAGUCUGACAGAUCAUUAAAAAUAGAUUAGAACUGACAAUACUGAUAAGGAUAAAUAGUGUCUGUAAAAUUAAAAAAACUGUAUAAAGUUGACAGUUUUUGGAUCAGAGCGUAGAAAUACAGAAUGUCAGCUCUGUGAUUAGUUUCGUUCAGAACUGGGCCGCGAAGAGAAAAAGCAUGUAUAGAUCUGGUGGAAAACAUCUGAUCGCAUACUCACAGCAAAGACUCCUAAACCUAAUAACCUAUGACAACGUUUUUCUGGUGGAUAAUACAUAAUGGCCGUGGUGGUUAUGUGGGGGGAGGGGGAUAUAGGCAAACACUCACACUCCUAGUAUAGUGACAGUUCAGGCAAUUAUCUUGUUACCCAAGAAAAAAAGGUCAUACUAAGAGGAAGGGAACAUUUUCUCCUUGUUUACCAAGCACACCUACACUGGACAGAAAAAGAGAGAAACAUUGUAAGCAACUACUGUGUUCCUACACUGGUUAAAACAAACCAAAAAAUAUUAUCCAUAAAUGUUAAUAAAUGUUAAUAUAAAUAAUGAUCUACAUAUUUGUACAAAGAAAAUAUAAAGAAAUAAGUUUAAAAAAUUUUUUUUAGACCUACAUCAUAUUGAACUAUAGAUUAAAACUGCUCACUGUACAUUCUUUUUAAACCCAUCCUCUUGAAGUUUGUUCAUACAUACUGCAAUUGCCUUACAUAUUCACUUUGCACUGUUUUUAAUUUUUUUUUUGCAUAUCCUUUUUGAUUACCAUGAAAAAUAAUUAUUUAAGUUUUCCUUUCAAAAUUUUAAUAUUUGAACAAAAUUUUACCUAUAAUAGUAAUUGUAGCUGACUUAACCUAACAAACCUUUCAGUUAGGUAUUACAUUUACAAACCAUUUUAACCACAACGAUUUUAACCUGAGAACAUUACACUGAAAGUGUACACGUGCAAACAUAAUUCUAAUUUUGGAGCAUUUAAUCUUUGCACUAUAUCAUGUAAUUUAGCAGGUUAAAUAAUAAAAUUUUCCAAAAAGAAAUUUUUUAAAGGACAGCCAUUAUGGGUGGAUGCACAUAUCCUAUGCUAAAACCAGUAUCAGUUUACAUAAAUCAUCAUUUCAGUGAAUUACAGUAAUUUUUGUUUUCACAUUUAACAAACCAUAAAUGCAAUAUUGAUUUUUAAAGAUUUUUUAUUAAUAUUUUUAACUUGUUUCAUACUUUUAUUUUCACAAUAAACAUUUCAGUUUAAUUUUUACCAUGAACACUCGUGCUUUAUAGUUUAUAGUAGCACUAUCUAUUUAGCUGAUUAAAAACACUACGUACUAGGGUACAUAAUGGCCUAUUUGAGUUGCUGCCCCCCUCCUUUUUUUUAUAUUUGAAAGUGUGCAAAUCAUUGUGAAAAUAUUUAUUUCGGGAAAAGAGGAAAUACCAGUGACAAUGAGAUACUAAAAUUAUGUAUGAUAACAAUAGCACAGUUAUUAAGAGAUGUAGGACACAAAACCUAGAAUUACAUAGAUGACAAAAUAAAAAUUGUAAUUGUUUUGUCUGGAUUUAUUUAGUUUCCUGUCACUCUUAGUGUCUGAUUGUCUCUGCUGUCAAAAAAAAAUUAAUUGGUAGCUGUUAAUGUAGAGUGGUAAGUUGUAUUUAUGUUUUUUUUUUAUUCAAAUCUCUUUUAAGAAAGUAUAAAAAGCUUGGUGCUGUAGAUUCAUUUUCCAGUUUAAUGAUGUGUAGAUAGUGUUUAUAAGCCACUGCAUGUUAUUUACUAGAGUUGUGUAAGCUUUAAAUCUUCCUGUUUGACAAUACUCAUCUGUUUCAAAUUUGCAGGGUUCUAACAAAAGUGCACUUCUAUAUAAAGUGAAAUAAAAUAUUGUAUUAUAAAUAAUUUUUUCAUAUCAUAGAGUCCGUAUAAAUUAAAUAUUUUCUGAAAAUGCUAUGUGCAGUCGAAUGCUGUGAUGAGAAAAAAAGAAAAUAUUUGGGCUAAAAUGACACAACUUGUUUGGUGUAUAAUUUAAAGUAUGAGCAUAUGGUAACUUCAAAUGUGUUUGUUGAUUUGUAAGUGAAUGCCUGUGACAUAAAAUUUUGAACAGUGAAGGUA